CGUGGACCGAGUUUGACACGUAUUCGCGCACUAUUCUGCUACUGAAACGUUCUAUUCCGCGUAUCAGGCUCAGGGUCGCGGCCUCGCGCCCUCGCGAUACAACUUGUACUAUGCAGCAGAUAGUUCUGAUGUAAAAAUAAAACAUGGUUUAUAGCAAUAACCACAAAAUAAUUUUACAAAUACUUAUGAAUGAAGGUUUUUUAAAUGAAAAUAAAGCAAAAGAAUUCGUUAUCAAAUUAUUUAAUGAUGAUAAAGUAUCAAUAAUAAUAAAUCAAAUAAAUGAGCAAUUACAACCUUUAAAUAUGUUAAUUAAAAAAGCAUGGUGUGAAAUUACAGGCCAAAUAUAUUGGAUUUUAAUAAGCACUAUAUUUGAUGAAAUAACCAGAUUUCAAUCUGAAUUUUCAAAAGAUCAACUAACUUUAUUAAGAACUAUAUUUUCUGAAAUUAUAACAUCAAAUAAUGGAUGUAUACAAAGUACAAUAUGUUUAAAUUUAUGUUCUUUGCCAGAUAUAAAAAUAUCAAAAGCAAAAGCUGAAGAAUUUCUUAAUGAUGUAGUUAAUAAAAAAUGGUUGGCUUAUAAGGAUGGUUAUUAUUAUAUGGGUGUAAGAAGUAUAACAGAAUUAAUGCCAUACUUUAAAGCUACUUAUGAAAAUAAUUUAAAUAUUUGUAAUCUUUGCAAACAAAUAAUUUUUCAUGGUAAAAAAUGUAAUAAUUGUGAAACUUCUUUUCAUUUAUAUUGUUUAAAGAAAUUUAUUAUGAUUUAUAAUUCCAUAAAGUGUUCUAAUUGCAAUACAGUGAUUUCAGAUAUUGAUUUAUCUGGUGUAUCAGAUGACUGUGAUCUAGUAGAAGAAAGUAUGGAUAAAAUAAAAUUAUCUAAUAAAAAAUUCUUAAGAAAAAAUUGAGUAUAAUUAAACUGUAAAACAUUUUUUAUAAAUAAAUUUUAUUAUCAUAAAUAAUUCUAUUAUAAUGUUUUAAUCAUGUAUCAUCUUUUUUAUGAAGAAACACAAAUAUAAAUUUCCUAUUUGAAUAAGGAUAUUGAACAUUGUUUUUUUAUAUUUAAUUUCAAUUUAUAAUAAUAAAAUCGCUUACAAAAUUGCAUUUUGAAAUAAAUACUGACAUGUUAAAAAUGUUACUCUUAAUAAUUGUUUUCCAUAUUUUACAUUUAAAAUAUGAUCUUUUAUAAGUCAAAUUGCAUAUU